AUGGCAGACAACUGUGGCAGUUUCGCAAAGAUCUCAGCACUCGUGAACCUAGGCUUUGAAAUAGAAGCUGCAACUGAAGCGCUAGGCUGUGCAGAGGAGAUGCUGAUAUGGCUUUCUCUCUAUUGCUUGAAAGAGGAGUUACAUGAAGAAGCAAUAUUGACUAUGUUCGAGAUGAUGAAGGCUAUAUUUGGCGAGGUACAUAAAGAUGAGGAUGUAGAUGAAGAUGAAGAUGUAGAUGAAGAUUAUGAAGAUGAUUCAGGGCUUGCAUUCGCUGACAUUGCUAUUUAUGCGAUAGAUGAGGAUUACUAG